GUUGUGUUUUUUUUUUAGUUCAAUUGAUAAGACAACGCGAGGUGUAUAUUUGCCAAAACCCCAACGGAAUUAUAACGCGCAUUAUUCCGAUUCGACAAUAUCAUAAAACAAAGCACACACAAUCGAAUUCAGAAGCGAACAAAUAGUUAAAAUAGCCCCCACGAAAGUUAUGUAAAACGUUUCAGACGAAGAUACGCGAAGAACAAAAAAAAUGACAACAUAAGGAUCACAAACUGAAGAAAAAGUUGUUUGUGAAAAAUAGUGGAAAAUUGCAUGCUCUCAACUAAAUAUAUUUAUCGUGAGUUCAUGAGUGUUGUGAUAUAAACAAUGAAAGCGAAAGUUUUUGUUUGUAAUAACUAGCCAGUGUCAGUGUUUGUGUGGGUGGGGGUGUUGGGUGUACAUGAAUGUGCAUGUUGAAACCAGCCAAGUGUUUUGCAAUGAUUUGUAAAUGGUAGUGUCUGAUCGAAUGCGAUUUUCAUGGAAAAAGGAUAUAUGGGGAAUGAGUGAAACAAUUCUAGCUAUUGCCAUGAUUUCGUCAAGAACUAGCAAGUGUAAUCAUCAAAGUGACAUGGGUUAUCUCAACGCCAAUCAUUUGUGAUUUGUGAAAUUAUUCAAUAGUUGGCGCGAUUUUUGUUGGUUUUUUUCGUUUUUUUUUUUUUAUCAUUAUAUAUUCAUUUAUAAUUUGGGCAUUUCUUCUCACGCUAAAAUUGUCUCAUGACACUGCCUUUUUUUGUAAUCAUUUCCAACGUGUCGUCCGUCGUCGUUGUCGUUUUUUAUUCUAUUGCACCAAGCCAAAGGCCAAACAAAAAACACACAAAGAACUAGUUUUGUUUCCUAUCUCUUGGACUUUUUUGUUUUGUUUAUAACCAAAAAUAGCAGCAAAGUGAACUUAAAGGCCAUUCAACAACAUCUCUACUGCCGCCGCAAUAAUGCAAAAGCAAGCGGUGCCAAAUACUACAGCAGCAACAGCUGCUGCUGCUGCUUCCUCUACAGCAGAUGAUCCUACUAAUGCAGUUCCUCCAACCGGCACCCGCAAUCAGUUACGUCCAGUCCUUUCAUUUGCCGAUAGUUUCGCCUGUACAUAUAUUGUAUCGGUUAUUGGAGCAGCAAAUGCAGAACUUGUUACAUAUCCAUUGGAUUUAACAAAAACCCGCCUACAAAUACAAGGAGAAGCCUCCAGUAAAAAUGCUGUUGCAGCCGGUGGAAAAGGCCAGGCGCCGGUCCAAUAUCGUGGCAUGAUGGCCACGGCGGCAGGCAUUGUCAAAGAAGAGGGCCCAUUGAAAUUGUGGCAAGGUGUUACCCCAGCCUUAUACAGACACAUUGUUUAUAGCGGCGUGAGAAUAUGUACUUAUGAUUUUUUGCGCAAAGAAUUGGGUAAAAAUGAAAGUGGCCAAAAUGUAGCACUGCCCCUGUGGAAAUCAGCCCUGUGUGGUGUUUCCUCCGGUGGCCUAGCACAAUGGCUGGCCUCACCAGCCGAUUUGGUUAAAGUACAAAUACAAAUGGAAGGCAAACGUCGUCUAAUGGGUGAACCGCCCAGAGUUCAUGGUGCGGCUCAUGCUUUCCGAGAGAUUGUCCGUCGUGGCGGUAUCAAGGGACUGUGGAAGGGCAGCAUACCAAAUGUACAGCGUGCAGCUUUAGUUAAUUUAGGUGAUUUAACAACUUAUGAUACAAUCAAGCACAUGAUUAUGAACAAAUUACACAUGCCCGAUUGUCAUACGGUGCAUGUACUGGCAUCAAUAUGUGCCGGUUUUGUUGCAGCGUUUUUGGGCACACCUGCAGAUGUGGUAAAGACGAGAGUUAUGAACCAACCCACGGAUGAAAAGGGCCGUGGCCUCUUGUAUAAAGGUUCCAUAGACUGUCUGCGUCAAACUGUAAACAAAGAAGGCUUUACAGCACUAUACAAAGGUUUCUUGCCUUGCUGGAUACGCAUGGCACCAUGGUCUCUUACAUUCUGGCUGUCCUUCGAACAAAUACGCACAAUGAUUGGCGCCUCUAGUUAUUAACGUUGUUUUUCCUUGUUUUUUUUUUAGUUUUUGUUAAUAUUUAAAAUAAUGAAAUCUACUUAAGAAAAAGAACAAAACAAACUGCAGAACAUCACAUACAUUGAAAUUAUAAAUCUAUUCUAAAACACAAAUAAUUGUAAAUAGAAUAUGUGCAUCAUAUUAAAUAUUAUUAUUAAAAUGUAUGUAUGUAAGCCGACAACAAUUUUCCCAUGGCAUGUUUUCCCUUUUUAUGAUUUGAAUUUUUUUGUUUUAAUAUUCUGAAAUCUAUAAAACCCAUCUCAUCAAUUUUCAGUGCCUAUAAUAUUUAUAAAGACUCUAAAUUUAUGUGUAGAACUUUAUAUUGGUGAUAUUGCUGAAAAGGAAACACCAACCAACAAUUAAGUAGAAAUAGUGAUGUUUAACAACACAAUUUGUUGCUGCACCCUGCAAUGAAAGCCAUUUUGUGAUUCUCUUUUUUUCUCUCGAACUGAGUUCAUAUAGUUUUUUUUUUCAUUGGUUUUAAUUGGCUUGUUGUUGUAUGAUAAUGAUAUGUAACAUUUUUUUAAAAAAUGAUUGUUAUUUGUUAAUUUAUGAUUUGAAAUAAAAAAAAAAAGACUUGAUGCCUACACAUAGUUCUGAAUAAAGUGAAACUUACAAAAAAAAAAAAACAAAAACAAAAGCAAUUUGAAAUGUGAGCCCAAUGACAAUAUCAACAUAUACAUAUUUAUUUUUAAAUACCAAAUAAAAAUCGCAUAAUUGUACAAAA